CCCAAACAUGUACAACUGUGUUCCCCAAUAGAAUCGCCCACCCCUCCAUUGUUGAUUCGUAAUUUUACAAACGCCACACAUACAGAUGCAUCGACCUCCCCUAAAAGGUGGGGAAUUUUAUGGGCGGUUGCUACGUGCGAUUUGAUGAAUUUUACCCACAACAUUCGGCACAUCACCAAUUUUGAAGGGGGCGCUUGGCCGAAAAAAAAAGUGAAGAAAAGCAACAACAAUCUGUGGAGAAAGUGGCCGCCGAACGUCGACUAUGGCUUGCAGUUGGAGUCCGUUGUUCUUUGUUUUUCUGCGGAAGAACCUAUUAUACUUGCGAUGCAACAUUAUACCGCUGAUCUGCAUCCUGGUUGGAUGCGGAGCAUUGUUGUGGGGUUACUUGCACUGGACUGUUAAGCCAGUGAGGUACCAGUUGGAGGAAUUCGAAUCAAAGAAUGAAUUGGCUCUUAAACAAUUGUACUUCCCAGCCAAUGACGAUGACUACAUAUACUAUGCCCCACAAACACAGGAUGUGGAGAACCUGUUGGAUCUGGUGCGGCAGGAUUUGGGGAUAGCCCAGGAACAUUACCGACCAUACAGCAAUAGUGAGGACAUGCAAAUGGAACUGGAACUACAGUGCCGGGGCAGUUGCUUUGCUAUUAACUUUAAUAAUUUGCCGACUCCCGGCUCCGUUACUGGAAAUUUUAGUUACAGCUUAAGUGCGAGUCAUAUGCGGUUGUCGCCCAAAAAGCGCUUCGUAAACGAUGAGGAGAUCAAUCACCAAAAAGAUGAUGAUGAUUACAUACGGGCUGGUUUCUUGACCUUGCAAAAUAUACUUGACAAGCAAUACUUUAAAUAUCAAAAUUUGGCAACAAAUUAUGAGGUAUGGGUGAGCUCCAUGCCCAACCUGGAGGUUGUCAGUAUGGACAGCCAUCGGCUAACCUACUUUGGAACCCUGUGCAGCAUCAUCUUCAAUGUGGUUCUGCUGAGUACUUUCGUUGUGCCCUUUGUGGAGGAGAAACAAAACGGUCUGAAGGAGUUCCUCAAUCUGGUUACACCCAUGAGUUUUCUCAAUGGCCUCACCUUUUUCCUCAUUCGCUUUGGUUUCUACGCAGCGUUUUUGCUAUUUGUUUUGAUUGUGGCAUAUUUAUACGAAGCUCUCAAUCAGAUCUGUUUUACGUAUGUGGCCAUACUUUAUUUGCUUUACAUAUUGGCUACCAUGUCGUACGCAUACCUCAUAUCUGUUUGCUUUCACUCAGUUUUCUACGCCAAAAUUGGAGGCCUGGUGUUGCUCAUCAUUCCAUAUGUUUUCAGUUUUGUUCAGAGUUGGGCCUCCUCGUUGGCCUACGUCAUCUUCAGCACGAAUGCGUUUCUGGAAGGAUUGGAUGUUUUCCAGACGUUCUCUAAUAAACAUCGCCAAUUUGGCGGGGCGGAACUAUUCCGUGAAAUUAAAGAUGGAUCUAGUCGCAUGUUUUGGAUUUAUUGCGUUCUCAUUUUCCAAUCGAUAAUGUAUGCCCUGCUUUACAAUUACCUUGGCAGUGUGUUUCCCGGACCUGGUGGGCUUAAGCGAUCCAUUUUCUUUUUCCUGGACCCCAAGACAUACCAAAAACGACAACGCAAUGAAUAUACAACCGCUCCUCGGGGAGCUCAAGCUAUCAUCAUCACCGAAUUGUGCAAAAAGUUCAGAACAGGAAACCGGGAAACGCUUAUUUCGGAUAACUUGAAUAUGACAAUCAACAACAAGGAGAUCACUGUAUUGCUCGGACACAACGGCGCUGGCAAGACCACUAUGAUGAACAUGAUAAUGGGACUGGUGCCAAAGGACUCGGGAAAAAUAAUUGUGUGCAGUGAACGGGAUGUGGCUUCUUAUCGCCACCUUAUUGGCUUCUGCCCGCAGCAUAGUGUGUUUAUGAGUUACAUGACCUGUCACCAGCACCUCGAAUUCUUCGCUCAACUUCGCGGAGCAAGUCGCCGAGAAGCCAGCGAAUGGGCAGACACAAAGCUAAUCAAGUUAGGCUUGGGUGUUAAACGAGACGAGUUUGGUCGUAAUUUGUCGGGGGGUAUGAAGCGACGCCUAUCGCUGGGAAUUGCCAUCGCCGGAAACACAAAAAUUGUUAUUCUGGACGAACCGUCAUCCGGUCUUGACAUUAACUCGCGACGGGAUCUGUGGGACAUUCUGCUACUUCUGCGCAAGGAGAAGGCUAUUUUGGUGACAACGCACUACAUGGAAGAGGCCGAGGUUCUUGGAGAUACCAUUUGCAUCCUGGCCAAUGGCAAGCUACAGUGUUCCGGAUCGACCUUAGAACUUAAGCGCAGAUCGGACAUUGGCUAUCGUUUGAAGCUGGAAGUAAACGACUUUACGUUGCGUGAGAAUGAAAUUCUGCAGUUAAUCCAUACCUAUGUACCAACUGCUCGAGUGCUGAAUGUGGUCAAGCCAACUGUGUAUGUAUGUCUGCCGUAUGCGUUCAAGAGCAGAUUCCAUGAGAUGUUACACAAGCUGGAGUUAAAAGCGACCUCUUUAGGCAUAAACACCAUCUCCAUGACAGACACCUCCUUGGAAGAUGUUUUCCUAAAAUGUGCUGGUGAACAAGAUCAGGUGGACACACCCGAUGGCUCUCGAAAUGACGCUCCUUUGUUAUCCCAACCAUACAAGCGUCUUCCUGGUCAGCAUAUAGCGCCCAGCUUGGGGCAACUUUGGCUGGCGGUAUUCUAUAAAAAAUGGACCUUUCUGCGAAAUGAAUGGCUUUAUUCGUUGAUAAUGUUGAGCAUUCCGCUCGUUUGCGUUCUGGGAGCUCUGUUUGCAAUGCACGCCAUGUCUGUGGUGGAGAAUGAAGAGUCGCUGCCCCUGAAGCUCAGCCAGAUGCAAAGUGGAAUCGUCUAUAUUCAUAACCCGAAACUGCACUACCCCGAUGUGGAACAGCAAAUACGCCGACAGAUUGAGCAGAACGGAUUGACGGCGAAAACAUUGCAGACGCGGGGAAACAAUGAUGUGAAAAAUGAGAGUCUUGAUUUGCAACGUGAAAAUCUGGCAGAUUUUCUGCAAAGUGUGGUGGGCAUCAUAGACAUGGACCGUAGCACCGAGGACAGUCCGGCGAUCGAGAUUUUCUUUUCUGGAAAUCGUUACCACAGCUCCGUUGAUCUUCUCAAUCUGGUGGACUCCAGCAUGCUGAAACUUAGCCGACCAGAGUCUGACAUCGAUACAACCUACGUGCCAAUUCGACGCUUUGUCAGCGAAGUGAGUCCCACCCGGCUGGAGUACUAUGCAGUGAUCGUGUCGGUGGGCAUGUUCUUCUUCAUGUUCUAUUUCAUCUCGUUGCCUUUCCGCGAGUACGCCAACGGAUUUCGCCAGCUACAGGCAAUGUCCCGCUUCAAGUUUUGGUUUUUCACAUUUGCAUUUGAUGUGUUGGUCCUGACAUUUGUCUGUUCUCUCCUAAUGCUUCUGCAACAACUGUUGAUGCCACCGGAGCUUUACUCGACCCCGGAGUUGCGGGUAAUCGUAAUGAGCAUUUUCUUCUAUGGCUGCAGUUACCUACCCAUUCUGUACACGCUGGGGAAUAACUUUAAAUCUAUUUCGACGAUAUCCACCUACCUACUCCUUAUGCUGAUUGUGUCAGCCAUAAUUCCCCUGAUCACGUCCAGCAAUGCAGCAGCCAUUAAACAGCACGAGACCAUGAUUGCUUUCCUGUGUUUCCUACCGGACUUUAACUUGAACCACCAGUUGCGCAUAAUCAAUGAGAACUUCAUUACGCGACGACGUGCGGGAAAGAUUCAGAACCUAAUCUCUGAAGACAUCUUCUUUGUCUAUGCUGUUGUUGUGUGUGCCUUGGUUAUGGCGCUCUUUACCAUUGUGCUUGAACACAAGUAUUACCGUCGCUAUCUCGCUCAACGAUUAGCUAUUUGGCACACCGGCUGCCUGUACAACGCCAAUAAGCUCAAACGCACCAGCAUCAGUCCCAACUCUCCAUCUUUGCAAUUGGACGACUGUGCUAAGGAGGAGGAGCGUGUAAAGAGUCUGAUGGGUCCGCAAAAGCAGGACUACCCGCUGAUUGUAAGCGAUUUGCGAAAAAGCUAUAAACAAGUAUCGGCAGUGAAUGGUCUGAGCUUUGCGACGGCUCGGGGCGAGUGCUUCGGUCUGCUUGGCGUGAACGGAGCCGGAAAAACAAGUACAUUCCAAAUGAUCUCCGCCAAUCUGGCCAUUGACGGGGGCAGCAUAUUCAUCGACGGCAUUGAUAUUAAGGAUGAAGUAGCAUACCGACAGCGGUUUGGAUACUGUCCCCAAUACGAUGCCCUGAACAAGUUUAUGACAGCCGAGCAAUGUCUCUACUACAUGGCUCUACUAAGGGGCUUGAGCAGCGGUGGCGAGGGUGCAAACAGUGCCACAGAGAACGUAAAGUUCUGGUUGGAGAAAAUGCAUCUAACCAAGUACCAGCAAGUGCAGGUGCGUCACUACUCGGGCGGAACGAAGCGCAAGCUGCUGGCUGCCAUGGCCAUGAUCGGAGCCCCAACACUAGUGCUGCUUGACGAACCAACCACUGGCGUUGAUCCAAUUUCAAGACGGUUUUUAUGGCAGUGCAUCAAGGACUUCCAGAACCAAGAUCGAACCGUGGUUCUCACAUCGCAUAGCAUGGAUGAGUGCGAGGAGCUGUGCAACCGGCUGGCUAUCAUGGCUCAUGGAAAAUUCAAGUGCUUAAACAACAUAUGCGCAUUAAAGCGAUUGAGUGGGUUCACCAUUAAACUUAAAAUGCAGGAGGACACCGAAUCGGACGAGAAUGUGAAUAUAAUUACGAGCACACUGAAGGAUCAGUUCGAGGGCUUAGAACUGCGGGAGAAUCAUGCGGGCACGCUCACUUACUUUGUGGGCACCCAGGAGAGUAUAGUCCUUUGGUCGCACGUGUUCAAGAUAACUGAAGACAACCUAACCGAGCGGCUAGGCCACAUCGUAGCGGACUACUCGGUGAACGAGUGCACGCUCGAGGACAUUUUCCUCAAGUUCGAUAAACAAGCCAAAUCGCAAUCAACGUCAAGGGAAUCAUCUGUUCAACAAAGCCUUGACGGCCCCAAUUUCGUAUGAGAGAUGGCUUGCGUGGCGGGUUCGCAUAUCGAAAAGACUGAGCACAAGAUUCCCUUCGUCGGAGAAGGCUAAUGUCUCCGUUUCCCGGCAUCCCUUCCCACAUCUCACCUGUAAAAAUUUCAUCGAGCAUUUUGGACAGUAUUUACCUGAACUAUGAAUCUCUAACCAAUACGAGAAUUAGUUUUUCUCACGACGGCGGGCACUUGGGCUCACAAUAUCGGCAAGGUUUUCUACUUAACUUAUAUAUUUUAAGACUAAUAUCAAAGACACUUUGUAAAUAUUGUGAAGUAUAUAUAUCUAUUUAUUAAGUAUUUCCUAAUUUCGAAUA